AUGUCUGCUACCACCUCUAAUACUGACGUUCGAGGGUAUUUAUCCGCGCAUGGCUAUAUCCCGUAUGCAAAAUACUUCGAGCUUUGCUCAUAUGAAAACUGGUCUCUCUGUCAAUACGUCUCACUUAUAAUCAAUAAUUAUAAGUUUGCUGAGAAAGACACAGCACAUUCCUCAUUUUUUGGUACUCUGCAAAAUAUUAUUGAUAAUUUGUGUAUAUCGCAAGAAAUUCGUGAGAUUGCUCAAAAACUCAUAAACAAUAAAAAGGUGCUUGUACCUAUUGGAGCAUCUAGUAGGGACUAUACAA